UUGUGUUUAGGAACUCUCGAACAAGGGAACCGUUAUCUCAGAUUUGGGAACGCACAUAACCCGCAGAAGAACGAUUACGGAUCUCGGAACAUGCUUUCUUUUGAUCGUUUUCAAGUAAUCAAAUAGAGACUGAUUAAACGUGCUUCCGGUAAGAGACUUAAAGAAAAAAAAAUUGCAUCCCAUUUCUCGCGUAUUAUUACAUAGGUACUGUAUGUCUUAUCGUUAUUAUACAUUUUAUUAAUUUGUAUGAACGGCGUGUCGGAGAUGUACGUUCGAAGAUGCCAUUUUGGCGGGUGACGUGUGUGCACGCUAUUGACAGCCAUAACGCGACUCGCGGCGUGAACGACGUAUGGUUUUGCGUGACUUGUUGAUCGCGACGAAGUGCGCGCAGCCGGAAAUACGUGAUCGUCGAGAAUAUUUGAAAGCAAUUACGGUGCCUUUAGAAUGGCGAGAAUUUGGCGGUUAUACUGCCCAAUGGUAAACAGAGAACUCGCCGCGUACAAUUUUCCGCUGCGCUAAGUGGGGCGAGUGGAGAGGUGGGGGGGAGGAGAGGCAAUGCACCAUGGGAAUAAUUUGCGACAGGCGCAUGCGCAGUUCAGUUUACAGUUGGAGCUUGGAAGAAAAUGGCGUCAGCUAAGUUUUUAGAGGAAGCUCUGAGCACGGAUGUCGACGAAUCCGCAGUGAACGCGAUAGUGGGCUCCCUCGAGACGCAGCUUGUUACAUCCACGCCGACUGUGGCCGGCCAUCAAGCGAGUCCCGCAUCGGUGAGCCAACAGAAUCAUCAGGUGAACAGCGCUAUUUCCAACGGGGGCACCAUCACCGCGGUACAGCCGCAGAAACAUGGGGUUUCGAACGGCGGCGGUGUGACCACUGUGAAUAGUCUAAUGACUCAAGAGGUCACUAAGCCCAUCACUACCACCAGCACUUUGCUGCCAGUAAACGUGGUUACUUCGAAUGCAGUGGCGCCGCAGGUCAUCACCACACAACAGCAGCAACAGCAACAGCACACACAACCGCCAGGAAUACCUCCUGCUGCAUAUAUCAAUCAAGUAUCGAAUACCAAUCAGGUAUCGAGCAAUCAGGGCACGCAUAUACCAAGCUUGACCAAGGCACAUGAAUCAGUAAAGAUUAUCUAUCCCGGCGUUGGACAAGUUAUAGCCACUACAGGGGUGGCAAAUGCGAAUAAUAAGCUCACCUUUCCUGCCCAAACUGUUGGGCAGCUAGCGAACGGUACCUUAGGUAUAACUUCACAACCGGUACUGCAGACUACAUCGAACGUUGUUUCCAAUGUCGGUUCUGUCAGUCAGACAGGUAGCCAAACAGUGACCGCAGUGAAUAAGCCGACAGGCGCAGCUUUAGUGAUUAAGACUAGUGUAGCACCCGGUGGCAUGGUUUCUGUUCCAAUGUCGGUUCCAGUCUCUGUGGCUGGCAAUGCAGUGAGCACAGCAUUGCAGGCCAAGGCUGGAGUUACUUCGACGAUAGUACCCAGCAGUGUUCAAAUUCUCAAUGUAAAUACAAUGCGUCCUGCAACACCAGUAGCAGGACAGCAAGCCAAUAAGCAAGUUACCCCAAGAGUGGUAAUUGGACAACACCAAUUGGUAGGAGCGAGACCAGGAGCUCCAGGGAUAACAUUACAGGCACUUCAUGGCCUUCAACCUGGUACUCAAGGUCAUCUAUUAUUAAAAACAGAAAAUGGACAGUAUCAGUUAUUGAGGGUAGGUCCAGCUCCAACUGCAGGUACUCCCACUGGUACUGCAGUUACGCCGAAUAGUAUAGCUGGCAAUGCAGUAGUUGCUGCACCAUCUCCAGGCACUACCUAUCGCCUAACUUCAGUGCCGGCUGUAAGUAGGCUGAAUACCCAGUUCACUGGCCCACCACUCGCCACUCUAAGAAAAUCUGUUCAGACUGUUGCUCCUACUAUUACUACAUCUACUACAACCCCAGGAACAGUAACUACAGCACCUACAACUACUUCUGCACCAACGGCUACUACUGUUCAAACAGUUCAAACAUCUGCACCACGUCAAACUAUUGAUAAUACCAAAGAAAAGUGCCGUAAAUUCUUAGCAAACUUAUUAGAAUUAUCUAGUCGAGAACCUAAAUCAGUGGAACGCAAUGUCCGAACUUUGAUACAAGAUCUGAUUGAUGCUAGAGUUGAACCAGAAGAGUUUUGUGAUAGGCUUGAAAAAUUAUUAAAUGCUUCACCACAACCAUGUCUCAUCGGAUUCUUAAAGAAAAGUCUGCCGCUUCUGCGGCAAUCGCUUGUCACAAAAGAAUUAUCUAUAGAAGGAAUAAAACCUCCUCCAGCCAAUGUUGUUUUCUCCAUAGCUUCAGCUGUUCCAACUAUUACGCAGCAAACUCAAUAUAGACCCGCAGUGGCAGCGACAGUUCCUGUAACAGCAACUGCAACAGCAACGACACAAGUAAGAGUAAUGGCACCGCUUCAAACAGCAGUAACAGCUGCAGCAGCAGCAGCAGCAGCAGCAGUAGUAACAACAGUUCCACGGCCUGCUCAACCUGUUCCACAAAGACUUGUUCGACCAGUCACAACGGCAAUGGUUCGUACUCCCGCUACAGCGUAUACUGUAAAAUCGACAGUACCAGUAACUGGAAUUCGACCGACUGCCCCUAUAGUGCAAAAACCACCUAUAGUUACAACAACGGUCGUAAAAACAAUCACGACUACAACGCAAGGCAAAACAGUAAAUACAAUCACUACUGUUAAUAAAGCCGUAGUGCCUUCUCUUAUUCAAAAACCGACUGCAAAGGAAAAAGAGAAAAAAACGUUUUCAUCAGCAGGAUAUACGGCGGAUGAUGAUAUAAAUGACGUAGCAGCUAUGGGUGGUGUUAAUCUUGCAGAAGAAUCUCAAAGAAUACUUGGUUCUACAGAAUUUGUUGGUACCCAAAUACGAUCUUGUAAAGAUGAAGUAUUUCUGCAUAUGACACCAUUACAACAGAGAAUUAAACAAAUUGCAUCCAGUCAUAAUUUGGAAGAACCAAAUCAAGAAGUAGCAGCAUUAAUUUCGCAUGCUGUACAAGAGAGGUUAAAAAAUUUAGUAGAAAAAUUAGCAGUCAUCGCAGAACAUAGGAUAGAUCUUAUAAAGGUCGAUCCUAGAUAUGAAGUAACUCAAGAUGUAAGAGCGCAAUUAAAAUUUUUGGAAGACUUGGAUAAAGUCGAGCGUAGGAAACAUGAAGAACAAGAACGAGAAAUGCUUUUACGUGCCGCGAAAAGUCGCGCAAAAACAGAAGAUCCCGAGCAAGCCAAAUUGAAGGCUAAGGCCAAAGAGAUGCAACGUGCAGAAAUGGAAGAAUUAAGACAAAGGGAAGCGAAUUUAACAGCUUUACAAGCAAUUGGCCCUCGUAAGAAGCCUAAGUUGGACAUAGCGGGAUCGACCAAUAGCACAGGUGGAACUCCUGGUGCAAACGCAUCAGCUAGCGGAUUAAACAGACAAAUGCCAAUGAGACCACGUUUAAAAAGAGUGAAUUUCAGGGAUUUGUUAUUCCUUUUAGAGCAGGAGAAAGAAACGUGUAGAAGCACAACAUUGUAUAAAUCGUACUUGAAGUGAUGCACUGUCAAGGGCAGGAACUUUCGUGACCCGCCCGAAAUCUGGCGCUCUAUCUACAUGAUAUUUUAUGAGCUGAGCUCGAUGGAUCGCGCGAUGUUACUCUAUGCUGUAAUAAACAGUGUCUCAUCGCGAAUUGCAUAUUGCAAUGAGAUUCAAUGACAGUCGGCUUGGAGAAUACCGCAUAUAUUCAAAAUAAAAUUAUUUCCACCGUGUCGAUACUAAGCUUCCUUAUUGUAAAUGACUGAACAUUUUUUAACUGUAGUAUACAUUUUUUAAAUGUAACAUAAUAGUUCUUUAUUUUUCAACACGAAAUCGCAUCAAUGAAAGGAGCAAUGUGUAUGAGCACAUGUUUCGCAGUUAGUCUCUAUAUAGUCUUUUCAUGGCAAGAGAGAACGUUGUGUCUGGCCAUAUACAGUGCUUCCUCGUUACAAGAAAGAUUUUUCGCUCCACGCUAUACAAGUACUAGCACGAGUUAUUCCUCCCUACUCUCCUCUCCCAUUUUUUGGAGCGAGCAAACUCAAGUCUUAUCUGAUGCUCUAUUUUGCUCGCUCACAUUCUUGUCUCAUGUUCGAUCAGAUCAUUUGGCCAUUGGCAAGAUUUAUGGGACAGUUCCUGGAAGGUAAACAAGUCUGUGCGUCCAUAUUAGAGGAUAGCGACCGAUCCCGAAUAAUCUUUUAACGAGGUAACACUGUAGAAACAUUGUUACAUAAUGUAUACAUGAAUGCGUGAAUGCAUUAAGUGAAUGAGUGUACAUUGUCACUAUGUAUAGGUUCGCUAUAUUGUAAUACUUGACCUAUACUUUUGGACACUGUAGCACUAGUGUAAAAUAAGUAGGUUUUGUUAUAAUAAUAAAUCGUAUUUUUGCAAACUGUAUAAUGUAAUAAUAAUACCAUGAGCACACUGUCCAAAAAGUAUGGAAUAAUUUGUACAAUAUCUUACAUAUAAUUACUAAAUAGUGAUAAUUUCAAUGUUGGUACAACACAAUAUAGCUACUCUCCACUGGAAAAUGGAAUUGUUAUCAGUAUAUUAUGUUGUAUAUUGCGAACUACGAUUUUCAGUGUUUAUAAAAAAAUUAGCUGUUACGUUUUUUAUUAAAGAAAUAUUUACAAAAAUAAGAAUAAUCAAUAUUCUUUUGAGUGAUGUUAAUUUAAUUAUUUAUAUUUCUCCUUCUUGAAAUUGAUGCGCAACUUCUACUGAUAAGAUAAACUUCCGCGGGAAGUUAUACUUUGCAUAAUCGAUUAAAAUAAAUUCAAAGUGAGUACCUGAUUUACAUGUAAAAAGAAUAAUCACAAAUAUGUAUGCGUGGGUGCCUGAGAUCAUAGAGAUAGAGAGAAUAAUGCUUAAAAAUAUCGAUUUUUAUUAAUUUUCUUUUUGUGUCAAUAUUUUAUUAUACUAUCUGUAUGCCCACACAGUAUAUUCUUUCAAUACAAUUAAGAAAGUAUUGCAUGUAUGAUACUUAUGAUUAAUAAUAUUUAAUAUAUUAUUAAUCUCUUUGUAUCUCAUACACAUGUGUAUAUCAUAUCAUUUACAAUAUAACAUGAAAUUAUCUGUGCAAUAUAAAUUAGCACAUUUUUAGUAGAUUUCUUUUUCUUUUAAGUCAGUUAUGUGUUUUAUUGUGAAACUUAUAUAUUCAUAUUCUUGUAUUAAGGAUAUUUUUAUCGAAAUAUUUCACUUCAUAUUAUUUUAAUUAUUUUUUGAUAUAAUUUAUGUUUUACUUUAAGAAGAAAUUUUGUACAUUAUAAUUACAGAGUAAAAUUAUAUAUCUACUUUCGAGUACUCUCAAAAUAUCCACAUACGGUGUGUUACCUUCAUUAUUAAUCCGCAGUUUAGUGUUAUAAGAUUAUAUAACACAUGAUUUAUUUCAUUAUAUUUCUAUUCUAUGUUCCAUGUCAAAUAAUUUAUAUCAUUGUUUUUAUUACUCCAAUUUUUGUGUUUCCAAUUUUUGGUCAAGGCAGACAACACAGUAAAAAUAAAUAAGAUAUACUUCCUCUAUUUCUAUAAUAAUAUAUUUCGAGAUACGACAUGACGGUCCUUCAUUUUCAAAUAUCAAUAAUCAAAAUAAGCAAUGUAUACAAUUGUGGUAAUUGUUGAUUAUUGUCACAUUGCUAUACUUACAUGCUAUAAUUGCUUUUCAAUUGGUUUUACAUAAAAAAGAUUGAAUGAAUAUAAUGUGUAGGAAAGAUAGAUAUAUUUAAAGAUAUGAAUUGUCGUAACUUUAGAGAGAUAUUAUAGCACGAUGAUUCUGCAUCACAGAUUUAUAAUUGGGAAAGUGAUACCAUUGUGUUAAAUAUAAUCUCAUCUAACGUUCCAUUAAUACAUAUUCUGUGUGUGUGCGUAUGCGUAUGUAUAAAUAAAAUGUUUCAUAUUUAUUAUUUAUUUUGUCAUCGCGAUUGAUUUGAUCAUUUUUGAAAGAGUUAUUAUGAUUGAGAAUUCAGCAUUCAUACAUACUAAAAUUUAAAUGUUCAAAUUUAAAUUUAAUGUUUAUUUGACUCGUUUAAUUAAUAUCCAAGUUAUUUCUGUUGUGACAGAAAUAAUGACAAUGUAUACUUGUAUAAAUAAGCCGUUUUUAAUAACUGUAUAUUUUAUUUGAAAAAAUGCAUGCAAGCUGUCAUUAUAUAUUAAUUUUGUCGAGCAUAUCGCGUAUAAAAAGUUUUCAUUUAACUCUUUUUCUCUUUGCAAUUGUUAUAUCAUUCUUUAAAAACUCGUAGCAAAACGUAAAGUCACGCAUGAAUCAUAACGUUCUCUUUACUGCCAAUAGAUAGAAUAUUAAUAUAUCUAUAAAUAGAAAAAUAUAUAAAAAAAUAAUACAGUAUAUUACACACAAUUUUGUGGUACAUUAUGAUAUUUUUAUAAAUUGUACUGUGGGUAAGCACAGCAAGAAUAAGAUAAUAAAAUACAGAAACG